GAAGCAGCGUCAGACGAUCAGAGCGACACCGCUUCUGAAGCUCCUACUACAUCGACUGCUGAGCAUGAACAUGAGCCUUUCGACACCUUCAAGGAUAAGGUUGCGCAGCUAGCCGUCCAGUUGUUUCCCAAGCACAAUACCCAGGAUAUUCGCAUUACCCGCAUCCGGGGUGGAACGUUCAAUCGAGUUGUGGGCAUUACGGUGACCAAGCGCCUUCGUAAACUGACUAGUUGGAAGCAGUUCCUCUGCGGGCUUCACAACCUGUUAGGCGAAGGCAGGUGGAUUUCCAUCACCGAAGAGCAAUACAUCCUCCGUAUCCCUCGCUCCGAAGGACAUGCCAUGGAUUUUGAUGUCGCUAUCCUUCAGUUCGUUGGCAAACAUCUCGACAUCCCUGUUCCUCGGAUUAUAUCCUACGAUCUCUCAACCGAUAAUGUCAUCGGCCAAGCAUACAUGCUGCAGCCGCGGCUUCGCGGCCAGAACCUGAGUUUGAUCUAUUCAUCCCUCAAUACCGCUCAGAAGAAGUCCAUUGUGCCGCAAGUAACACAGCUUGUCAUGACAACCGCAGCCGUGACGUCUCACGCCGCAGGACGCCCCUCCCGAAACCAGGACUUGGAUAACCCGCAGAUUGAAAUAGAGAAGUUUGAGGUGCCCCGACGCGGUCAAGAUCUCUGCGGUCUGGGCAAGCCUUCUACAUGGGUCGCAGACGCGCAGACGCCACUUGAUUUCAUCCUGGAGCAGUGCGAGCGCUGGCGUGAAUACCAGCAAGUCAGCAACGGAAACUCAAUUGACCGAAUUUGGAAAGGAUUCCGCACGAUUGCCCACGGUCUGCAAGAGCUGGGCUUCUUAGAACCCGAUACAUUCCGUCUGUGCCACGGCGAUCUGCAACCUUACAAUCUGCUGGUGGAAGUCCGCGACGAAGAGAACGUUGAUAUAACUGCAGUUCUUGACUGGGACUCAGCAGUUUUUGCUCCUUCGUUCCUAGCCUAUAAGGCUCCUUUCUGGGCUUGGCUGCCCGAGGACUGCGCCUCUGAUGAGGAAGACGACGAGAAUUAUGCUAACUUUGAGCCGCAGACCGAAGAGGACAAGUUGAUGAAGGAUGUGUUUAUGCAGUAUGCCCGCGCCGAGUACAUCAAAUAUGCUUUUGCGCCCGAGGCCAUAAUCGCCCGCAAGAUGUUCGGCGCUAUCAAGGACUGCUUCUUCACCUCAUGGGAGUUCGACAACGCCUAUGCCGUGAUUGAAGGGUGGAAGGCGCUGCAUCCCAGCGAU